AUGAGCAGCUAGCGAAAGAGGUUGCCUAUCAUAUCAGACAGACGGAGCUGCUGGUUCUGAAAAAUGGACAACUUCAGCACGAGAACAACGAGCUUGAAGACAAGAUGCUUGCAGCAAAAGAGCUAGAAGAAGAACUUGCGAGGAAAAACCACAGUUAUCAAAAGGCUUCGCGGAUCCUGCUGUUCAAACUUCAAGAGCAACAUCUGGCCGCUAAUAUCGAGGCCAUUGAAGAGAUGGACGAGCUGAAGCAUCUCAUCAACCGUAAUGAGCAGCUCAAAGCCGAAAUUCAGAAAGAACACCAAGAUCUAGAGAAACUAAAAGCAGCGAUAGAGGAGAAAACAAAAUGCGCUGAAUCGGUUGGAGCAGCAGAGGAAGCCGUGAAGUUCCUUUAUCUUGCUCUUGAAGACGUCGAGUUGGAAGAGCUUGCGAAUGUCGACGAAGACACCAGUCUUAUACCCGAGGACGGCGUCGACUUAAACACUCCAACCAACCAUCUCGAUCUGCUACCAAUUCAGCAGCGCCAGGACUUUUUGAAGCACUUGCUUAGGACCGCAAUAUCCUUGCGCGUGAUGAUGCAAAAGGCAAUCUCAUCGGACACUGCCCCGAAAGGACAACCUUCGGUUUUUGGAUCAUGGUCCCAUGUUUUAUACGAGGGCCAAGAAGACAAACCAAGGAUUUCAGUCGAGGAUAUCCUCGCAUUCCAAGUCGACACUAAUGACCUCGACAAUGCAGGCCCGCCGAGGAGAGUUUCGUGUGCCAUACAGACAAAUGACGAGUGGGAGCCAACUCCAGAUAGUCUACCCCCAGCUAAUGAGCAGCACUCUUUUCGAUCGAGCUCCUCGUGCAUAGGUCCUGAGAGAAAACGGAUCAACAUUGUCAACCUAGAGUUACACCAACACUCUAGUAAGCGUGUUUUUAACGAAACUUACUCGGAUCAGCUCGCAUGAUCUUUGCACUUCUUGCAAAUUCCAAUAACUGUGACAAAACAUUUAUUAUGUUUUGAUUCACCCCACGAAGUAUUAUUCUCAUGCUACAUCUGUUAUCAAAGAAAGAAAUAUUCAAA